GGGCGGGGCAGCCAACGGCCCGGCGGGGCGCUGAGGAGAGGGGCGCGGCGGGGGCUGCCGGGAAGGGGGCGGACCGCGGGCGGGCGGCAUGGCGCACAAGCAGAUCUACUACUCGGACAAGUACGACGACGAGGAGUUUGAGUACCGGCACGUGAUGCUGCCCAAGGACAUCGCCAAGCUGGUGCCCAAGACCCACCUCAUGUCUGAGUCCGAGUGGCGCAACCUGGGCGUGCAGCAGAGCCAGGGCUGGGUGCACUACAUGAUCCACGAGCCAGAGCCGCACAUCCUCCUCUUCCGACGGCCGCUGCCCAAGAAGCCGGAGAAGUGAGCGGCGCCGCCGCCGGCCGGGCCACCGAAGCACCUUCCUGCUCCUCUCCCGCACCCCCGGCCCUCAGGAGCCCACCUCACGUGCCCGCCCGGCGGCCUCGUGCCCCCCCACCGCCCCUGCGGGGUCUGGCCCUGCCUGGCCGGGGCCGAGCCGCCGGGUGCCCGUGACCCACGGUGCCGUCGGGGCACCCGUGGCGGCUCGGCCACGGGGCUGGGGCUCUCCAAAGCUUCAAUAAAAGGACGUUCGGGA